AUCUCUCUUCACCGUCAACCUGGUCAGUUUAUUUUGUCGAGUAAGGGUCAGACGUUGCAGCGAUGAAGGUUAUUGCAGUUAUUUUCCUAAUGCAUUAAAUCAUUUUCGCAGAUGCUGGAAAAGGAGUCACGAAACACUGCAAGAGUGCAGACGCAAAGUUGGAUGAGCUCUAGGAAAUUAUUGAGAAUUUGAAAUCUCCUUGCCCAGAACCGCCGCCUCCUGAACCACCCAAGUCUUGCAAAUACGCCUUUGAACGCGGAGAAAAAGCGAACAAGGAAUACAUGCUCCAGGUGGAUGAAUCUACGAAACUUCCUGUUUAUUGUAACAUGGAUUGCGAUGGUCUCGGCGAUUGUGGAGGUAAAGGAUGGACACUGGUAAUGAAGAUGGACGGCACAAAGUCCACAUUUAAAUAUGACUCACCUUUUUGGAGCCACAAGAUGGAGUACGAACCUUCAAGCGGGCAGAAUUUGGACGCCGGAGAGACCAAGCUGCCAACCUAUUGGAGCACAUCCUUUACCAAGAUCUCCCUGGGUAUGAAGGUUGGUGCGGAAAGCAAAUUUAUCGUUUUGAACCAAGCGUCAAGCUCACUGCACUCUCUGAUUGCCGAUGACCAAUAUCGCAAAACCUCACUGGGCCGAGAUGCAUGGAAGUCUCUAGUUGCUGAAGCCUCCUUACAGCAAAAUUGUAAUAGAGAAGGUUUCAACGCUGUGAGUGAUCUGUUAAAUCAUUCGAAAGCACGAAUUGUUAUCUUGGGAAACAAUGAAAACGAUUGCAAGUCCAGCGAUUUACGAAUCGGGUUUGGUACCGCAGGAUAUCCAGACGAGAGCAAUUCGUGUGGCGACGUGGCAAAGCACAGUGGAGAUAACGGCGACAAACUUAUCAAAGCUAUGGGUGUCAUCCUCGUUCAAUAAAAACAGUUGAACUUCAAACAUUAGGGGCUAGGCUAAGCUACUGGCUGCUGAGCACAGAUUUUAGUAAAUGCAAGCUAAUAUGUCUUAUUGAUGACAAAAUUAAUAAAAUGGAU